AUGUCCUCAGUGUCGACUAAGAUUUCGUUUGAAAAUCUACCCAAGUUAUCCUACGAUCCAUCGACGUAUGCUUCGUGGAGGAAGGCGAUCGAGGUGUAUCUACAGAUAGGCGAUGUAUGGAAUGUCGUCUCAGGUAAUGAUACCGAACCUGGUCGCGAAGGGGUUAGGCCGGCAGCUGAGAGGGCGGGAUCAGUACCUCCUACCACGCCCGUCGAAGGGCAAGCGCCCAGGAAAGAAACUAGAAAGUGUUAUAACUGUGACACUGUAGGACAUCUAGCGAAGUACUGUCGUAAACCUAAAAGAGAGGAUACGAACAGGAAAGAAAACGCAGAUGUAAAGGAUGGAGGUAAAAAGAAAUGGAGGAAUAAUAAGAAUAAUAAGAAAGGACAUACGGUCUCGAAGGAUGAGAACCAGUCCAAGGAUAACUCCAAAACCUCCUUGAUGUAUUCGUCAUUGGAUGGUGAACACGAGGCAUGGGCCGGGAUGUUGUCCUCGUCUAUCUCUUCUCGUCAAACUCGGGCCUCUACUGUGGCCAUUCUCCCCGACGUCGAUCCCGAACUUCUCAUGCGUCAAACGAAAAGAAUGAGAAUUACUUCCCAAGCGCCAGUUCCCUCUCAACCUCCAUUGGUUGACGCUUCUCGAAGGGCUCUCGACACCAUUAAGGAUCGAUAUCAAUCCGGCCCUUCUCGCGACCAACAAUCGUCUCUUCUCGAUGACGAGGUCAUCGAGCAAUAUAUCGACUUCGAAGCGGGGGCAGGGCCAUCUACCACUGGUGAGAACCCAUCUCCUGCGAAAUCUGUCGAGUCCGAACACGGUACCAUCGUUGAAAAUCAAAAUUCUCCUGGUAAUAAGUCCCCUGUGCCACCUUCUGAUUCCGAAGGGCUUGUCGAGGUUCCCCAUGAACUCGAAACCAUUUUUCACGCCCCUCGCAAGGUUCCGGUCAAUGAUGAACUUGCUAAGGCUCUGGAUGCUCGAAAAGACUCGGAAAUUGGUGAGAUUUCUACAGAAUUCUCUACCCUCUGGGCCCGCCUUUCUUUCUCCUCUGUUCGUCACGCUCUGAAGGAUGAAGCCCUCGAUCGCUUUCGCGAGACUGGGGCCAUCAAGCCCACUGUCAAGUGGUUUGGUAACGCCCUUGAUCGCUUGGCCCAAGGUUGGCGACUUCGUAACAAGAAUGGCGCUGUUGUCCGUCUCGAGGGUGAGCUUUGCUCCGAUUGCCAGCGUCGUCUCGAUGGUGGAGAAGAUUUUCGUGUCGGUUGUAUCGGUCCUCGGAACUUCAAAGUGUUCGGUGAAAACCAACAAUCCCGAGUCCAAAUUUCGCGAGGUAUCUAUCUUCUUCCUUCGAACUUGGUCGAUGUUGAUGUAAAGGGUAUUACUGUCGGAGCCCAGACUGUUACUUCCAAGGUUACCUUCGUCCUGGAGCACGAACUCUGUGCUGUCUCGGCCCGAUAUCGAUCCCUUUCCUCCCAGGAUCAAUCCUCUUCUCUCACCCAACUCUCCGCUUACAUCCACCUCUUUUCCUCUCUCCUUCUUCCUCUUCCCCCAGUACAUCUGGGCCUCUACAAAUCUCUUCAUCUCAUUCCUUCCAACUACGCCCCUCCCUCUCCUUCUGAAACCUUGGAUCAUCUCACCUCUGCUGCUGAUCCAACCGGAUUGACUUCUUCUCAACCAGUCGCCGGUCCCUCCUCUUCUCCCCAUACUCCUCUCCCCCGCAAUGUCAUUCGUAUUCCCGCCUCGGUCCGUCGUCCCCGAGCCAAUUCUACCACCUCCAACUUCUAG